UUUAAUUUUAUAUCGAAGAAAAAAUGUAAUUUUAUUAUUUUUUAUUUAUUUAGCCAAGUUUACGAAAACGAAGAAGAUAGUGAUGACGAAGACCUUAUCCCUGAUGUGAAUAAUUCUAAUGAUGGUGAAACCAUUGAAGAUGAGAUAGAUUGUAUAUGGGACCUGCUAAAUUGUAUGGAGGCCGAUCUAAAUUACUGCUCACAGCUAAAUCUCAGUGAGCGUAAUACAAAGGUUACAGAAACAUGGCAAGACAUAAUGCAACAUUUCGAUUUGAUGGGCUUAGAACAGACAGUAGGUCUCAUCCUGUUUCACGGGUCUAAUUACAUUGAAUAUGUUGAUUGUGAUAUUGAAGGUGACCUCGGGAGGAUUUUAAGAGCUGAAAAUGUUGAGUACUUAACAGAAGCAUCAUCAGAAGAAGAUAUUAUAAAUGUGUUGAUGGGUUACACACAAGCUGAAGUUUUACUUCAGCUUAAAUUUGAAUACGAAUUAUUAGCCCGGGAUGAAGAGGAGAUUAACGAUUUUCAUACCAAAGUCCAGAUGAUAACCUCUGUAUGGGGAUUAUCCUAUAUGGUUUCCAACGGAAGUUCAUUGACAGAAUUUGGCACAUUGCUUAAAAUUGAUACACCAUUUUUAACAAUUUAA